GCGCCUUCUGCGUGAACAAGCUGAUCUCCAUCGAGAUGGUUUGGAGACGCAGGGAAUUUUUCAUCAUUUCGAUGAUGUGCAGCCUCACAAGGCUAUCGCCAUAAUCGUGGGACCUGAUGGGUCGCCGUAUGCGCGUGGACCGUACUUGUUUCAAUUCCUGUUCCCGAACACGUAUCCCUUGAAGCCUCCAUGUGCAGUCUUUUGCACAGGAGAUGGACGUGUGCGCUUUAAUCCAAACCUGUACACGAAUGGCAAGGUCUGCCUCUCCAUCCUUGGCACGUGGGCUGGCCCUUCCUGGACGUCGAUGACCACAUUCCGUUCAGUUUU